AUGCUCGCGCCGCAGCUGUCGCCGGUGCCGGGCGUGGCGUCUUCGACGGGCCUUACGCUGUGGGGAGCCGUCCUAUCCACCAUUAUUUUGGAGCUGGGGUGGAACCUGGGCGCUUGCGCCGAUCCCCAGCGCGAUGGCGUCCAGAUCAUGAUUCAGAACGGCGACCGGAGCGUCUCCAGCGGCGAGUAUUCGGACGCCCUGAGCAGCUACUCGGCCGCUAUAGAGCUCGACCCCAAGUCUCCCAUGCUGUACAGCAAAAGGGCCGCGGCGUAUUUGAUCCUGAGGCAGCACGGGCACGCUCUCAGGGAUCUGGACCGCGCCAUGGAGCUCGACAGGGAGUAUGUUCAGGGAUUCAUCCAGCGGGGCAGGGCACACUUGGAGGUGUGCAAAUUCGAUGGUGCUGAGGAGGAUUAUCAAGCUGUUUUGGAACUGAAACCUGGUCACAAGACAGCAACUGCGGAGUUGGCAAAGAUCUCUGAUGGUCGCAAGUCUGAAAAGGCAAUGAAGGAGUGGCAUGAGAAGGGCGAUUUUCAGAAAGCACGAGAUGCCAUGAAUGGGCUCUUUGGCAUCGCAAAAGAUUGCUUAUCGGCCAGACUGUUGGAAUCUCAGAUGUCAUUUGCAGAGGGGGAGUACGGUCAGGUGGUCUCUCAAACUGGAAGAAUUCUGAAGUCAGAUUCGAGGAAUUUGCAGGCAUUCUAUUUGAGGGGAAUGGCUUAUGUUCAACUGGGUGACGUAACUGUGGCCAAACAGCAUUUUGGUGAGGCACUCAGACACGACCCCGACUACAAGGACGCCAAGAAUGCGUUCAAGGAAGUAAAGGCUUUUGAACGCAAGGUGAAGGCCCUGAACGCCGCCCUUGACGCCAGGGAGUGGCGAACAGCACAGAGCGCAUGCGAGGAGGCCUUGGAAUUUUUGCCGAAUGACGUGGACUUGAGGUGGAAGCUGUGCCAGUCGCUGCACUACGGUGGCAACCAAACUGGCGCCAUUGAAGCCUGUGAAAAGGUGCUUGAAUUGGACACGGGACAUGAUGAGGCAGAGGCGCUGAGGAUUCAUGCACUGAUUGCAGCAGAAGAAUUCGAACGGGCUGUAGAGGAGGGGGAGGCGGCUUACAACAGAAACAGAGAGAGUUCCAAGCUUAGGGAGGCGUACCACGCUGCCACGAAGGCGUUGAAGAAGAGCAAACGGAAGGACUACUACAAGGUUUUGGGCGUACCAGAGGAUGCCUCGGAGCCGCAAAUUAAGUCAGCGUACAAGAAAUUGGCCUUAAAGUACCACCCGGACAAAGCUGUGGACAAGGCAGAGGGGGAGAUUAAAUUCAGAGAAGCUACUGAGGCCUAUGAAGUUCUCAUGGACCCAGAGAAACGUGCCCGAUUCGAUGCAGGAGAGGACCUUGACGAUCCUAAUAGUGGAAUGGGCAACCAUCCAUUUUUCAGGGCCGGAGGAUUUGGCGGCCAGACUUUUACUUUCCACUUCGGGUAG